AGGAAUGACCAAAAUAAAGAUGAAUAACAAAAAGAGGAAAAGUGAGAAGAGCUCCAAGAAAAAGAAGAAGAAGAAGAAGAAGGUCUUGAAGAGCAAUGAUUCUAGUAAAGCUUUAUCUCUUAGCUGGCCUGGUGCUUUAAAGGGUGCGCUCAAGACAGAGAGUCCGAGGAAAGAUGGAGAGAAGGAGGAGGAUGGCGAGAAGGAGAAGGAGAGUUGCUUGACCGAUGGUGAGGAAUCAAAGUCUUCAGGACAGAGAAAGUCUAGGAGGUCAUGCAAGGGUCAGCUUUAUCGCAAGCUUGUUGAUCAGGGAAUGCUGGAGUCAUUGCAACGGCCUGAGAGACCAUUCAACUGCAAGAAAGCUUGGCGUCAUAGUAACGAGGGAAUGAGUGGUUUCAGCGAUGCUGAGGAUGAAGUAUUCCAACCUGAGGAUGGGAAGAAGACUAGAAGACCAAGGAAAAGAACAAACAGUGGAUCUAGUCUUACAUGCUCAGAUUUUGACUAUGGUGAGAUCAACGUUGAAGCUAGACUAGCCACACUGCCUCAGUAUGCCCCAGAACAAUUCAGAACAAAGAAGAACUCUGGCUUGAAGUCUAAGAAGACAUCAGACAUCUACAAGAAUGCUAAGUUUAUCAAAGAGAGGGGAAAGAGCAAAGUGAUUAGGUCGUUGUCUUCCACUGAGAUGACUAUCAGCGGUAGCGGGAAGAGAAAGGCAAGGAAAUCAUCCAUCAUGCACCUCCUUCCAACUAAAGAUUCUCUCAGCACUACCAGCCCAAUGCAGUCAUCACCAUCAGCUCAUACAGAUAACAUAGUAAUAGGAUCUAAGGUCAAGAGGUCAAAGAGUGACCCCCAACCCUUCACCCUAUCUGACCUUGCAGAGGUCGCUUCCAUGGAGCUCAAACCAUGCAGCUCUGCAAGCACAACAUGUACUCCUGGUUCUCACAUUGAGAGACCCAACCUCUGUCUUUCGGCAGUCACAGUCUCCUAACUCAACGUCACAAUGACAGCGUCACUGUCACAGUCUCCUAGCACAACGUCACAAUGACAGCGUCAAUGUCACAGUCUCCUAACUCAACGUCACAAUGACAGCGUCAAUGUCACAGUCUCCUAACUCAACGUCACAAUGACAGCAUCAAUGUCACAGUCUCCUGACUCAACGUCACAAUGACAGCAUCACUGUCACAGUCUCCUAACUCAACGUCACAAUGACAGCGUCAAUGUCACAGUCUCCUAACUCAACGUCACAAUGACAGCGUCAAUGUCACAGUCUCCUAACUGAACGUCACAAUGACAGCGUCAAUGUCACAGACUCCUAACAGCGUCAAUGUCACAGUCUCCUAACUCAACGUCACAAUGACAGCGUCAAUGUCACAGUCUCCUAAUUCAACGUCACAAUGACAGCGUCAUUGUCACAGUGAAAAGAUUCUGCCCAGGUUCAUGCUGUAAGAUUAUGAAAACAACACAGAUGUGGAGAUCAGGUGCAGAUGCUUUAUUAUAGUUUGUGUGGUUUCCAACUGGAGUAAAGAUCAGUCUUACGGGAAGACUAGUAGAUAGCCAAUCAACUACCGGUAUGUUAUCAUCUGCUAGUAGUUCUUUGAAACCUUCCAAACCAUUGGAAGCCUAAGGGAUGUUGCAUCUGGAGACAAAAUGAUUGAUUCCUCAAACACACUCACGUCCUCUCGUUUUUGUUGUGACAAAUGAGAAGCACUGGAAUGGAUAAAUUACACCUCGGUAUAAAGAGCUCUGAUAACUUAAUAAUAAUAAUAAUAAUAAUAAUAAUA